AUGGAGAGGAUGGCCAGGAGACCCCGCAGCUCCGGGGACUUCCCUGCGUCCUGGGAGGAAGCUCAGCUUGGAGGACUCCAUCCUGAAAAGCGCCCCAGAACUGGUGAGUGUGGGGAACCCGUGAACGGACUCCAGAGCUGCAACAACCUUGGGGCUCUGGACAAUGUCAUCAUCAUUGACCCCAGCGACUUGGAGACACACUUCCUGGGGACGGUCUCCCAUGAAGAGGUCUGCGAGGUGCAGGAGCCCAGCGAAGACAACUGUGAGCUGCAGGAACCCCUGGAAGAGGCCUGCGAGCUGCAGGGCCUCCCGGAAGAGGCUUGUGACCUGCACGCCCCUCUCGAUGAGAUCGCUGCUGAGCUGCAGGGGGACCAGGAAGAGGCCCGUGCACUUGAGGACGCCCAGGAAGAAAACUAUCAGCUGUUUGUCCUGCCCGGAGAGGUCUACCACGUUAUUAUCCUGCAAGAAGACAUCUAUCAGAUUUAUUACCUGGAGCUAGAGGCCUCUGAGCACCCUACGGGCCACCAGCCUUACAUGAGCCCAGACCCGGGCUACCAGCCAGGACUCCAGCUCUCAGCUGCAGGGGCAUCUGGCCUCCACCUUCAGGGAUGCCUGGCAGAGCCCUCCAUUUGGGCCCCCACCCCCAGUCCACAGAGAAGCUCCUCUGAGUCCUACUUUAGCCUCCAGUCACAGGUUCAGGAGCUGCUCCUCAACUCUGUGCUCAGACCUCUGCCUCCUUCCCCCAGCCCCUCAGGGCCCCCUGAGCUCCCCAAACGCCCCAUGGGGCCUCACCCCAAGGCCCACAGGCGCCUGUUCCAGGAAUGA